AUGGACGCGUACUGCAAAUCAGUCCGGCGCCUGGAGGAAAAGUUCGACGGCCUCGUACUUAACUACGUGUUAAGGAAAUACAAUGAGGCCACCGAUGCGCUUGCCAAAAUGGCAUCCGAGAGGGCCACGAUCCCCUCGGACAUCUUUGUCAGCGACCUCUAUAAGCCUUCCGUCGACUACAAAGACGACGGGGGCUCGGAUCAAACCCCAGGCGACUCGGGCCCCGACCCCAAGAUCUCCAUGACUCAGGAGCAGGAGGCCAUGGACAUCGAGUCCGAACCCCCUGCACCAGACGACUCGCCAGACUGGCGCUACCCCUUGCUGCAACGCCUCGUCGACGACACUCUGCCCUCAGACCAGGCUGAGGCACGACGUGUGGCUCGUCGCGCCAAGACUUUCCUCCUUCUCGAUGGAGAGAUGUACAAGCGCAGCCCCUCGGGCAUUCUGAUGCGCUGCAUCUCACGUCAGGAGGGAAUCAAGCUCCUGGAGGAUAUACACUCGGGGGCUUGUGGCCACCACGCCGCACCUCGGACGCUAGUAGGAAACGCCUUCCGACAAGACACCACAUACGUGUGGACUGGGCAGCGGUUGCUCACCCAAAGACCAACUGUCAGGUGGAACGUGCCAAUGACAUGA